UAUUCACCGUUAAAAGCUGAGGCAUCAAGACGAUCUGGGCCGUCGGAUUCAAGUCUUUAGAAUUUCCGGCGCCAAAGACGAAGAAGAAGGAGCUCAGUUUCGGUCCCGCCCACUUAUAGAAGGCGGCCUCGACAUGGAGGAAGAGACGGAACAGAGGAGAAACCGGAGCUAUUCAAAGAUCGCUUCCGCCUAUCCAUGAGCUCCAUCGCCACCGCUGUGGAAGCAUCUGAUGUUGGGCUUCCAACAACUGCUUGAAGCUGAAACUGUGAUUACAUUAGGGGAAUUGAGAGAUUGGACAUUUGGUGAUGUGAACAGCAGAAGAGAAAACUAUGCUGAGAGAGAAGCAUCUGAUGUUGGGCUUCCAGCAACUGGUUGAAGCAGAGAACUGUGAUUACAUUAGGGGAAUUGAGAGAUUGGACACUUGGUAACGUGACCAGAAGAAGAGAAAACUAUGCUGAGAGAGAAGCAUCUGAUGUUGGGCUUCCAGCAACUGGUUGAAGCAGAGAACUGUGAUUACAUUAGGGGAAUUGAGAGAUUGGACACUUGGUAACGUGACCAGAAGAAGAGAAAACUAUGCUGAGAGAGAAGCAUCUGAUGUUGGGCUUCCAGCAACUGGUUGAAGCAGAGAACUGUGAUUACAUUAGGGGAAUUGAGAGAUUGGACACUUGGUAACGUGACCAGCAGAAGAGGAAACUAUGCUGAGAGAGAAACAUCUAAUUUUGGGCUUCCAACAACUGCUUGAAGCAGAAACUGUGAUACAUCAGGGGAAUUGAGAGAUUGGACAUUUGGUGAUGUGACCAACAGAAGAGAAAACUAUGCAGAGGGAGGGACAUGACAACAUGGAACUCUUCUUGCUUUCCGUUUGAUUUGAAUUACAGUUUGAGCUAAAGCCUAUUUGCUCGAAUAAUUUUAGCAUUUGCAUGCUUCAUCAACAUAAUCAACAUUCUGAACCUUUACGUAAGUGGGCAGCAGAUGGGAGCCAAGAAAAGGAUUGCUCUUCCUCUGUCAUUGAAUAAAAUGGCGACACAUGGUCCUGUCUUGGAGCAUCAUAAUGCACGGGAGAAGGAGACAGGACUACUUGCUAUCUCACACUUAUAUUACAAAAAAUAACCAGCAACUUGCUUCUAACUGCUGGUUGUGCAGCUAGGGACCAGCAGCAUAAGUUUCAGAAUCCACAGCAAACGUACACUAAUAAAAACAAUGUCAGUAUAGCGAAGUGGAAUUAUUCCUGAUAUGAUUGAUUGAGGUGUAUGUUGAUGAACAUCAACUCGAUCUUCCCCAAACAUCAUAGCUCAGUGUCAGUUUCCAAAGGAUCAACCGUUCAUCCGGAGAAUUUACGAAGAGGGUUGUCCGGGCGCCUUAAUGUGAAUUUAGUUUUCGCCUUGGUUUUGGAGCUGCAGGAUGCCAACUGAAGACAUGGAUCAGGGGCGGCUCUCUGUAUUCAGCUUGCACUCUGUGGCGUCUUCAACUUUUUCUGAGGAGCCGCAUGUUGCUACUGAGAGGGAAGACAACUGAUGUCAGGGAGUAAGUCCAUGUCAUCUUCUCCACCUGAUAAGCAUUGUGAGAUUAAAGCAAGCUCUAUGGAAUGUUUAGAGCUUCCAAAGUCUUGCAAUCUCAAGGACCAGAAGACAGAGUCUAACCUUGAACAUCAUCUGAUGGUGCCACAAAGGGUGACCAGCAUUCCUCCUACUUCAAGACUUGCUGAUCAUGUUUCUGAAUUCCAAUCUGAUAUGUUGUCUCUUCCUCCUUUGUCUGGCAAAGGGAACAUAAUGGAUCUUAGUGGACCAUAUGAGAAUGGACUCUUCUCAAGCUCUUUAUCAGAUAUACUCGACAAAAAAUUGAGAUUGUCAUCAAGAAUUGUUCCCUUUGGUCAGUCUGUUAAUUCAGUUAACUCAAACUUUGGUGAAGAUGAGCCUUUUGAAUCAAUGGAGGAAAUUGAAGCUCGGACUAUUGGAAAUCUCCUUCCUGAUGAUGAUGAUUUGUUCCCUGGUGCUGCUGAAAAUAUUGGAUAUAUUCAUCGACCCAGCAAUGGGAAUGACAUUGACGAUGACAUAUUUUACAGUGGUGGUGGUAUGGAACUGGAAUCUGAUGAUAAUUCCAAUCGCAAUAGAAAAUCUGAAUUUGUCGAGGGAGGGCUCUUUACUGGUCAACAAGGUGAACCAAAUGGCCCAUUUUCCAGUGAACACCCAUAUGCUGAACAUCCAUCUAGAACACUUUUUGUUAGAAAUAUCGAUAGCAAUGUCGAAGAUGGUGAAUUAAGGGCUCUCUUUGAGCAUUAUGGGGAUAUACACACACUUUACACUGCUUGCAAGCAUCGCGGUUUUGUUAUGGUAUCUUAUUAUGACAUAAGGGCAGCACAAAAUGCAAUGCAAGCGCUUCAGAACAAGCCAUUGAGGCAUCAGAAUAUGGAUAUCCAAUUCUCUGUUCCAAAGGACAAUCCUUCGGAGGAAGAUAUAAAUGAGGGUAUGCUUAUUGUGUUUAACCUUGAUUCUUCUAUUACAAUUGAUGAUCUCCGUCAGAUAUUUGGUAUUUAUGGCGAAAUCAAAGAGAUAUCUGAGACUCCACAUAAGCAUCACCACAAAUUCAUAGAAUUUUAUGAUGUUAGAGCCGCUGCAGCAGCUCUCCAUGCUCUAAACAGGAGUGACAUUGCAGGCAAGAAAAUUAAGCUUGAGCCUAGCCGCCCUGGAGGUGCAAGACAGAGCUUGAUGCAACAGUUAUCUCCAGAGCUGGAGCAGGAAGAAUUAGAUGGAUGCUGGCAGGGAAGCCCUAAAAACUCUCUCCCUGGGUGCCUUGGUUCAUCCUCUCUUGGGCCAAUCACACCUAAUAAUCUUGAAAAUGGAGCACUCCAUGGUUUACCCUCAGCAAUUCAAGCGCCAUUUACCCCACUUAUGGGGACCACAUUUCAUGGAUUCUCAUCUAGUGUGCCGCAGAAUUUAUCUUCCCCCGUAAAAAUUGCAUCUGUUGAUAAUCACACCAAUCAAGCCACCCAUGCUGAUAUAAGCCCUUCAGUGGGCCAAAUCAAUACUGGAUUCCAGGGCAUGUCUGAUAUGCAUCCUCACUCCCUUCCAGAUUAUCACAAUGCAAUAUCUAAUUGCAUCCCUUAUAACUCGAAUACUACUUCAACCAUGGGUAUUGGGGUCAUCUCCAGACCUUCUGGAGGAAUUGACAAAAGGCAUCUGCAGAAAGUAGGCUCUGGUAGCUUCAAUGGGCAUUCUUUUAAUGCUAAUGAAGCUUUUGGUGUUUCCUCAAAUGGAAGUUAUCCUGUUCAAGGACAUCAGUAUGUUUGGACUAAUACAAAUGCAUUCCCCCAUAAACCCCCUGGCUCCAUGUUAUGGUCAAAUUCUUCAUUGCUUAUAAACAAUAUUCCUGCUCAUCAACCAUCUCAGAUCCAUGGAAUUCCUAGAGCACAAUCUCAUCUGUUAAACACUUUACACCAUCAUGUCGGUUCGGCACCUUCUAUCAAUCCAUCACUUUUGGAUGGGAGACAUGCCUAUGCUGGGGAUUCCAUGGAGCAACCUGCUUUUCAUCCUGGAUCUCUUGGAAAUAUGGGGCUUUCUGCAAUUCCACAGUUGAAAUCACUAGAACUUGCUUCUCGUAACAUCUUUUCACCUUCCAGUGGCAACUGUCUGGAUCCUUGUCUUUCUCCUGCACACAUCAGGAUUCCUUCCCCUCAGCAAAGGGGCCACAUGUUCCAUGGAAGAAAUCCCAUGUUCCCUGUUACUGGUCCAUUUGAUGGUUCUACUGACCGGAUAAGGAGCCGAAGAAAUGACACAAAUGUGAAUCAGUGUGAUAACAAAAAGCAGUAUGAACUUGAUAUUGAACGCAUUAUACGUGGUGAAGACUCUCGAACGACACUUAUGAUAAAGAACAUCCCUAACAAGUACACAUCUAAGAUGCUCUUGGCUGCUAUUGAUGAAAACCAUCGAGGAACUUAUGACUUCAUCUAUUUGCCAAUAGAUUUUAAGAACAAAUGCAACGUUGGCUAUGCAUUUAUAAACAUGAUCAACCCGCAACAUAUUAUUCCUUUCUAUCAGUCAUUUAAUGGUAAGAAAUGGGAGAAGUUUAACAGUGAAAAGGUGGCAUCACUUGCAUAUGCUCGAAUCCAAGGGAAAACAGCUCUUAUUGCUCAUUUCCAGAACUCAAGUCUGAUGAAUGAAGAUAAGCGUUGCCGUCCUAUCCUCUUCCAUACAGAUGGUCCUAAUGCUGGGGAUCAGGAGCCCUUUCCUGUGGGCACUAAUGUCAGGUCAAGGAGCAGAUCAAGGACUGUCAGUGGUGGUGAAGAGAAUCAUCAGGGAGGUAUCUCCGCCUAUGCAAAUGGAGAAGCUUCUUGUGAUGCAGUGGGUUACCCUCCAGCUUCUACAAAGGAUUCAGAUCGACACAGGCCAAUUUUUCUAGGUGAGGCCGACUUUGGGGCCAAACUUGAAGCAUGAUCCUCUGUCUCUCAUGUCUUGAAAUAUCCGGAGUCGAAUGAUUACUUCUGCAAUAUGGUGGGUUGUGGUUGGUUGCUUUACCAAACGCGGAAGGGGCUUUCAAUUUUCUUGGGUUAUUUACUCAGCUGAGGUCAAAAAUGUGAAAGGAGGUGGGAGAGGCUUAAGAUUUUGGAUUGCCGUAUGAGGAAAAAAAAACAAUGUACAGAAGAAAUCUCAAGAGUGGGGAAAAUAGGAUUUUUCUCUUGCGGUUGCGGAAGGCCUUCUUCGUAUUUUUCUCUCCUUUCUUUUUUUUUUUUCUUUCCUUUAUUAUUAUUAUUAUUAUUAUUAUUAUUAUUGCUUUUGCUUGUGAGUCUAGAGCCCAUUCAUGUACAGGGUUCUUCUUUGUUUCCUGUUGGAGCUGCAUUGCGUGUGUUGAACCAUCUGCAUAGCUCCUCAGAAUCUGUUAUAUCUUCCAUACAGAUCUGUAUAGCAUGAAUUUUGGAGUGUUUUUGAA